ACAAAAUGCAGAUAUUGAGAAACACAUUCGUAGUAACUGGCGGUCUUGGUGGUGCUGGUAAAUCGAUCGCAACAAGCUUGAUUGACCAAGGUGCCUACGUUGUUAUUUUAGACCUGAUAGAGCAAAAGGCCGGUGAAGAAGCUACUAAGCAACUUAGUGAGAAUAAGGCUGUUUAUGUUAGAACUGAUAUCACAAAUGAAGAAAGCGUGAAAAAUGCAAUGAAAGUAGCCUCAGCUGCUUUUGAGAAGCGUCUUACUGGUCUCAUUCACUGUGCUGGUGUCUCUAUGUCCCAGCCAUGGACUAACCGCCUCGGUGAAACCAUCGAUCGUGUUAAACGUAUGACCGACAUCAACUUCAUGGGCACUUACAUCACUUCUGCAUUCUUCGCUGAUGCUGUCAACGAGCGCUUCGAGCCAGAGAAAAUGGCCAAGGGAGAGCUCUUCACUACGAAAGAAGAACGCGGUAUCAUCAUCAACUUCAGCUCUAUCGCCGGUGCUCAGCCAUCAUCCAGAAUCUUGGGAUAUGCUCCAGGAAAAGCUGCCGUCACCGCUUUCUCGCGCGCAUUGGCUGAUUUCUUGGGUACUUCUGGUAUUCGUGUCAACACUAUCAGUCCAAGUGUUAUAAAUUCUGCUAUGAUGGGUGCUAGACUUCCAUACUUUAUCGCAGACCUCUCCAAAUCAGCUUCCUUCCCAGCUAGACCGAUCGAACCAGAGGAAAUUUCAGGCGCUGUUAACUAUUUGAUCACCAACGGUAUGAUGAAUGGUCAUGAUCUUCAAAUCGACGGUGGAUGGCGUGUCUUCACCGAUCGUAGUGUCGACAGAGAAGAUCCCCGUAUUCUUACACCAAGUUUGGAAUAAAUUGUGUGUAUCUUGCGAUUCAUUGUUUAAUUAGAUUUAAAGCGUACUUUAUAUUU